CGUGGAUUCAGGAGCCGAGACUGGAGGCCAUUAAACAAAGAUGUGCCUCGUUGUCGCCUGCGGUCUGAUUACAGUCCUUUGUCCUCAACAAGCAGUGACUUAUCCAUGGGUGAGCUUCAGGAUCCCUUCCUUGUCAGCGUCCACCUCAUUGCUGACCCCGGCGAGGGCAAGUUCCUGCAGCAUGCUGCCGACGCCGUGCUGGCGUGGGUUCACCCUGAACUGCAGCUCUUCAGGGUCUCAGAGCGAGCCUCCGUCUCUCAGCGACCUCGGGCAAAGCGGCAUCAAAACGGAAGCCCAGCUUCAGCCUGCCAGCCGGCCCUGGCGGUCAUCCUGUUCCUCCAGGAGGCCUACGGCGGUGAUGAGCACAUACUGAUGCUGCAUCGCGCUCUGCAGCGGCCGCCCUGGCACUACCACCACACUGAAAAAGUCAGCAAUGGCCGGCGGAUGCUACCGCUGACCCCAUGCAGUCAGGACUUUUUCACUCUGUCUCCCGGCACGCCGCUCUGGGCCGUGCGGCAGGUCCAUUAUGGGAAGGAAAUCGUGCGUUUCACAGUCUAUUGCCGCCACGAAAACUAUGUUGAUAUGGUGCGGCUGUACAAGCUGCUGCUUCAGCGGAGGGUUGCACAAAAGAAGGAUGACUUUUGCUUCUUUGUGGUGUACUCCAACCCUGAUAUGGAGAUCCAGCUGUCCUUUAAGAGACUCCCACGAGGCCACAGUCCCCUGGUGUUGGACUCAGCAGUAAUGGAGGUGAGGGUCCGGGACGUCGGAGUGCUGGUGCCCCUGCUGCCACACCCUUGCAGCCCAAUCAGUGAGGUGCGCUGGCAAACGGAGGACUACGAUGGAAAUAAGAUCCUGCUGCAGGUCCAGGGUGCAUACUGCAAACACAGACAUGAUCCCUGCUACAGAUCAUGCGCCGUCACUGAAUCUGCCUCGGCUCCGUCCACCUUCACUCGCAGCGCCACCUCUCACAGGAACCGCCGUUACCAACGGAUGCCACCUCGUCCCAAAGUCCACCCGACCUCCCACUACUCCAUGCCUCUGGCAUGUGAGGAGCCAGACGAGCAGGAGCAGUGGCCAGACCAACAACAUCCUGACAGCUGGACGUCCCAUUGGACGGGCAAUCGGUCCGGAUCUCUCUUCUCUCUACCCAACAUGGGCUCAGCCAGCUCCCGCUCUGCCUGUUCCUCUCCGGGUCCUUGUCCCAGCCCCAAUUACAGGAGCCACUCCCUUCACCGGAGUUCUUCGCUCAUCCCGCCCUUCCGCCUCAAUGUGGACGCCCUGAUCGGGGCAGAGGAGACGGAUGUCGACACGGGGAACAAGGUAAAUCCAGGUAGCAGCGUGGACCUCACAGUUGUGUCUGCGUACGUCAAAUCGAGCCUACCACAGACUCCUCGGCCAUUAUCGGCCCCACCAGAAGACAUCGGACCCCUCCUCUCUCCCGUCACCCAAGAGGGCACCUACAAAUCGGCCACGCUGGGCCGGACUCCAAACAGCUUCUCCAUCAAAAGCUCUCAGUCUGCCUUGCAGUUGUCAUGUCCGCAAAGCACCAGUGCAAACACGCUGUCCUCAGCUUCAGUAAACGAGUCAGACAGCUGCAGCAUAAUUAGUGUACCAGUUGAAGAGAAAGACACGACAGAAGAGGAAGAACAAGAAUUCUACAUCUGAUCUUUUGCUAAAGGGUCAGAGGACUCAACUGUGGUCAGUAAUGUCAAACCUUAGUGCUGAGACAAUCAUGCAAGCUGUACUCUGCCCCCUGGUGUUUGAUAGUAAAACAACAACAGCAAACUGAAGCAAUGCACAAAGUUUGUUCUGAAAUAUUUGUGAAUGCUACCUUUUUUUUUUCUUUUUUUUUUUUUUGCAUGUGUAUAUAUAAACUCUGUAAAUGCUACUUCAUAUGUACUUUCACGCAUUUAAUGGAGCAGUCGCAUAUCUGUACAGAAACAUUCAAUAAAAUUACAAAUUGUUUGU